AACAUUCAGAAGCUGUAAUUUGAUUUCAACACAUCUGCGAAAAAGUCUUGUAAAUUCCCUAUUCCUCCAACAGUUAUUCCAUCAAAGAUAUCCGAAACUCAUCAUUACAUCUGUCCAUAUCCUGCGAGUAAACAGAGACACUGUCCCGGUAACAGAUAUACUCCACAAAAUACUAACAAGGCGGGGUACACGACUUAUCCUCCUAUCAUCAUCAUGCUCAUUAUGAAUCCGGUUCACAUUCUGUGCUUUGGCAAUUCAUUAACACAUGGGUGGCCAUCCAAUCAUCCAUAUGCUCUCGCAUUAGAGGAUACUUUUCAAACCUCGUCACCCUAUAUCUCGAUAAAAACAGAUGUCCAAGGAUUACCGGGAGAUCAAGUUGUCAGUCCUCCUGGACACUACUUACCAAGACUAGAUAUCUUGUACAAUGAGAUCGAAGUACCCUAUAACUGGAUGGUCAUAUUAGGAGGCACUAACGAUCUUACUCAAAAUCAAGAUGUCGACCUCGUCUUUGAAUAUCUGAUGAAAGUCUGGGAUUACGCUCUUUCUCGAGGAACUCAAGUCUUGGCCUUGACCAUCCCAGAAUGUGGUACUUGUAGGCCAGAACUCGACCAGCGAAGAGAUUAUCUGAAUGGUAUGAUUCGUGCUCACCAAGCUGAAAAUUUUCAUGUGCUGAAUCUUCAUGAUGCUAUACCGUAUUGGAGCAUGCCAGAAGAGGAACGUAGACGAAUCUGGACCGAUGGCUUACACUUCACAGAAGAGGGCUAUGAUCGGAUGGGGACUUUGAUUGGCGUUGAACUUCACAGAUUGAUGUCUGCUAGAGGAUCGGAAGUUGGACAAGGGCAAAAAUCGUUGAUGCUCCAGAAAAGCUAGUACCCCGAGCAGUAGUCGAUAGGUAUACAACAUCUUGAUGACAGAUGAGGCUAAUGGCUUGAGUCAAAGGCUCAAAUGUAAAUGAAAUGCACCGUUACAACUGGCAAAGAUACAAAAUGUGGUAUUUUUCGUACUUUUAAAGAUCAAAUUGAUCUAUUUUUCAUUAUUAUCAUAAAUGUCAUGGU